AUGUUUUCAUUACCAGUUUUAUACUUCUACUUUUUCUUUUUGCACCAGAGUUUCAACUACUUAUGGAAAACACCUAUUUUCAGUCUUGGAUCAGCAUUUUCUAUGCUGAUGUUUUCAUUCAACAAGGAAGAAGCUGUUAUAGCAAGUGCCGCUUCACAUCUUGGCGCUGGAGUCAUUGGUGUCAUCCUCUAUUUUGUGUUCAUUUUCUACGACCUUUCAAAAUGUGUGCGUCCACGAAGAGCGACAAUCCUUGUUAUGAUUUCAUAUGCUUGCCUCUACCUAUCCACCUUACUACCCUGGCCAUUUCUACGAGAAAAGUGGAAUAUCGGUAAAAACGGGAUUCCACGAUGCGGCCGUUGCUUUAGUGAUAGGUUCACUUGGUGCGAUAACCUCCCACAAGUUUCCCCAUUUGUGUACUACACAAUGUUUGUUCUUGUGUUUGGAUUCGGAGUUUCCAUCAUGAAUAUAGCUAUCACUACGCUCUAUUCGGAAGUGAUCGGACCACGGCGACAGGGAACUCUCCAAGGAGUCUUCCAAAUGUCGGGAUCUAUAGGCAGAAUGCUGGCGCCUCUUAUUACCAGCUUCCUCUACACGGCGUUCGGUCCACAAGCCCCAUGGCUCUUAGAUGUGGCUCUAAUUUGCCUGAUAAUUGCAUCAUGGCUGAUAUUCCGUAAGAAGAUGGUUCCGCUUGAGAGCAGAAUUAUACCGAAGAUAUCCUCCACGAAGGAGGAAAGUUGA